GAGCGCCAGGCGGCCAGCUAGCCCGCCAGCUCGCGAGCCGCGCGUCGAGCCCGGCAGCAGCGCCCCCCGCCCCAGCACCGAGGGGCGAGCAUGGCCCGCCCGCGGGGGGGCCGGGCAGCCGCGCGCGCCGCCCGCGCCCCGCGCCCUGCCCAGCCCGGGUCGCAGGCGCUCGCGCUGGCCGCUUAGCAGCCGGGGGCCGCUGGAUUCUAGGGGCAUCGCGGAAAUAUCGCCGCAGACGGACACAAUGGCGGCGGCGACGGCUGCCAGCACGGCCGCCACCGCCGGCACGGCCGCCUGCAGCAGCAGCAGCAGCAGCGGCGCCGGCUCCGACGCCGCGGGCGCCCGCGGAUUGCAGCAGCCGCCGGCGCAGCCCCAGCCCGCGGCCGCCGCGCGGGCCCAGCCGCCGCCGCCGGAGCCCCCCAGGAAGCCGCGCAUGGACCCGCGGCGCCGCCAGGCUGCCCUCUCCUUCCUCACCAACAUUUCGCUGGACGGCCGGCCGCCGCUGCAGGACGAGGAGGGGGGCGGCGGCGAGGCGGGCGGCGCGGGGAAGCCGGGGGUCGGCGGCGCGGGCGGCGCGAGGGCGCGGGGCAGCCUGCUGGCCGCUGCGGAGCGCGGAGGCUGCAGCGCGCUGGCCGCGGCGAGCACGGCGGCGUGGGCGGCUGGGUCCGGCCCCUGCCUCCCGCAGCCGUCGCCGCUGCUUCCCCUGACCCCCGGCGGCCACGCGACGGCGCCCGGCCCCGGGCCGGCCCGGGGGUUCGCGAGCUCCGCGGGUGCCGGCCGGGCGUCGGGGGAGCAGUGGCAGCCAUCCCGGCUCGCGCCUCUCGCCGCCUGCGCCCCGCCGCAGUUGCCCGACGGGCCGGGGGCCUUCGCGCAGGAGUUGUUAGAGGAGGACGAUGCGUUUUCCAGCGUGCAGGUGCCGGCGGCCGCCUUCUUGGGCUCCGGGACCCCCGGGAGUAUGAGCGGCAGUCGGGGCCGCCUCAACUCGUUCACUCAGGGAAUCCUGCCCAUCGCAUUCUCCAGGCAGACUUCGCAGAACUACUGCUCUCUGGAGCAGCCGGGCCAGGGGGGCAGCACCAGCGCCUUGGAGCAGCUGCAGCGGUCCCGACGCCGCCUCAUCUCUCAGAGAUCAUCCUUGGAGACCCUGGAAGAUAUUGAGGAGAACGCCCCUCUACGGAGAUGUCGAACUCUCUCAGGUUCGCCCAGACCAAAGAACUUUAAGAAGAUUCAUUUUAUCAAGAAUAUGAGGCAACAUGAUACCAGGAAUGGAAGAAUAGUCCUUAUCAGUGGCAGAAGAUCCUUCUGUAGUAUAUUUUCAGUGCUGCCAUAUCGCGACAGUGCCCAGGUUGGGGAUUUGAAAUUGGAUGGAGGGAGACAAUCAACAGGGGCCGUGAGCUUGAAAGAGAUCAUUGGCCUUGAAGGUGUGGAGCUGGGUGCUGACGGGAAGACUGUUUCGUAUACCCAGUUUCUGUUACCCACAAAUGCCUUUGGAGCCCGGAGAAACACUAUAGACUCCACCUCCUCCUUUUCCCAGUUCCGGAACCUGAGCCACCGCAGCCUCUCCAUAGGCAGGGCCAGCAGCACCCAGGGGAGCCUCGACACAGGUAGUGACCUGGGAGACUUUAUGGAUUAUGACCCAAAUCUCCUGGAUGAUCCCCAGUGGCCUUGUGGCAAGCACAAACGAGUUCUGAUCUUUCCUUCGUACAUGACCACAGUCAUCGACUACGUGAAGCCCUCAGAUCUCAAGAAGGACAUGAAUGAGACCUUCAAAGAGAAGUUUCCUCACAUUAAGUUAACACUCAGCAAAAUAAGGAGCCUGAAGCGAGAGAUGCGGAAGCUUGCUCAAGAAGACUGUGGCUUUGAGGAGCCAACAGUGGCCAUGGCCUUUGUCUACUUUGAGAAGCUUGCCCUCAAGGGAAAGCUAAACAAACAGAACCGGAAGCUCUGUGCUGGAGCGUGUGUGUUGUUAGCAGCCAAAAUCGGAAGUGACCUCAAAAAACAUGAAGUCAAGCAUUUAAUUGAUAAACUGGAAGAGAAGUUUCGGUUGAAUAGACGAGAACUGAUUGCCUUUGAAUUCCCAGUGUUAGUGGCCUUGGAAUUUGCCCUUCAUCUUCCAGAGCACGAAGUCAUGCCGCACUACAGACGGCUGGUCCAGAGCUCCUAGCACAGGCCCCUCGGAGGCCAGGGACCACUUCCUGAGUGAGCAGAGCAGCGCUCACUUCUGGAACUGCAAAAAUAGAACUCAGCACCAAACUUUUCCCUUUCAACAUAUUUUCGUGUAGAAGCAGUACCAGAAACUUUUCAGGGCAUCCUUGAUCUGACUAGCCAAGUUGAACUUCGAGCUGUUUACAACUCAGCAAGGAAAGGAGAGACACAUGCAGAGGACAGUGGGGCCUUUUCAGCUCCCCACUAACAAGAAUCCUCAGCAGCCCACCUGGCCUUCCUCCCAGCACACACCAACCUUGCAAGCGUGGCCCAGGACCAUCUCUCCAGGAUCUGACACUCAAGAGUGUGAUGGGCUGGAGCAGAGCAGAAAAGACAAUUUGCAGAUGUGGGGAAAGCUUUUCAAAGAUACCCACGCUGUAUCAAAAGCACGUGCCAAUCUGUUUUUGUAUCAGCUGUUGGAAGUGCACUUUUUCCUAGGGUGUGUGUCUGAGACCCUGCCAUAACCCUAAGCCCCCCAAGCCAGUCAACCUUCCAAGUAGCCACCCUCAGCUUAGGGCCAUGAACCAGGCUGAAUUUUGGCCAUCAUUUCAAGUUAAUUUCUGGACAAUAAUCACACUCUCAGCACCAGAUGGCCCCACACCCUUCACCCUAGAAAAUGACUGUUUCUGUCACUGCUCCUAUCACCAAGAGGACAAAGAAGACAAGUCUUCGGUGCUGGUGUGUGGUCUGCAAAGACACCACGUGGCGCUCUGCACCUUCUGAUGUCACACUGAGCAUGGACGUUUAACCUUUUCACUUUAGCUACUGGGGAGAUGGCUGGGGUGUGCUCCAUGGCGUGUAUUCCUGUGCUCUAUGUUAGAGUGCAUAAUAAGCACAUUUAUUGUGCUAUCUAUCUAUCUAUCUAUCUCUCUCUCUCUCUAUAUAUAUAUAUAAAGUGUUUUAUUAAAAUCCAGAAUAAGGGUAAGACGCAUGAUUGGUAUUUUGAGGCUUUUCGCAGCUGGGACAAACUGCGUCCUAAGCUGAACUUGAGUGGAUUGAGGAGGCACAACUCGCCAUUAGCACAUACCCAGGGCUACUAGUGCAAAAUUUUGUGACUUGUACUUACGCACUGGGAGGACCUGAUCUGAGGCACAGCACCUCUAGGUCACCUCAUACCCACAACAGAAAAGGGCCCCUGACUGAAAAAGCCUGUGGCAAUGUAAAAAGAGAAUUAAAAUAUUUUAUUGUUUUUAUAUAUGUUUGUGAGUUAAACACAUCUCACCAAUCACCCCUUCCCUGCAUUGCUAAUUCAUCUAAGAUGCCACGCACACAUCCAGUACUGAUAGUCAAGCAAGCUAGAAGUUCAAGGAACACUUGGAGAGAACAAAGACAUCACUUUCUCCAGAGCCAUAGAUAUGUUUUGCUAACUGAUUCAGUUAAGAGACAGCAAUUUUGUUGGGGGAUAUGAUAGAUGUGAUCUCUUUGGUUCGAGCAACUAAUUUUUAAGGGGCAUUUCCUCUUUCUGAGGCCAACUGGGAAGAAAGGAGUAUUCGAAAGUUCAAAGUGUCUCACUUGCCUGAUCUACAGAAUGCCCGUGACCUGCCUCUCCUGGCAUCUGUCAUGUGCAGCUCUGUGAUGAGCCACCCUGGUUCUCUGCCUGCUCAGCCCCCUGGUGGGUGCCUGGCAGGUGCCUAGUGGGUGGAACACUUUUCUGAGAAGCAGGGCCACUGGCAUUUAGAAGUCGCCUGAAAGCUCCCCACUGUCCAUCUGCCUGAGUCUUCUGCCAGGCUCAGGGAGGUGUCAAAUGGAGGACACAGGCCACCAGCCUAGACAGGGAGAGGGCAGCCUGCAUGCCUCCUGUGCCUUAUAAUCAAGCGAAUAUGUUUUAAUUUGGGGUGGUGGUUUUCAGCAUUUAUAAGAUGAAAUUAAGUUGGUCCAUUUUUUUAAAAAGAAUU